AUAGAUUAUUUUCAGUUGCUUAUGUCUCAGGUUCCUUAAAUCUUAGAUUUUUGAAAUUAAUAUAACAGCUUAUGUAAAAUUUAUUUAUCUCAUACAUUUAAAGACUGAGGGUGGAUAACGCUUAUGUGUGUGUCCGGGGGUCAGCAUGAGGAGACGUGUUUACUGUCCAGUCUGGAGUACAGUUGUUUUACCUUUUAUUUCGCUCAUUGCUUCGCUAUCUAAUGUAAAAGCUGCUUCUAACGCGCAUGUCCUCCACAAUGGCCGCGUCCCAAUCCGUUGACGGCGUAGGGCAUCAUCGACGCGUUUUAAAUCAGGUGACUCGAAAGUACCAACGACGGCCAAAUAUGCCGCCUUGGUAUGCAGCAAACCGGGGUUUGAGACACGGUUAAUGUGGCACGAGCAAAUGUACGUAUAAAAUAGGCGAUGUUCUUGAGAGGACCUUUAAAAUUUCUGCAUCUUGGGACGUGGAGGACAGAACAAACAGCAGGUUUAGCAUAACAGAACUGUGUGACUGGAAGAACAAAAGACAAGAGUUUUAUAGUUUGCCCCAGUCAUGCAUAAGACGGGGACAACCCCUUCCUCCAGGGGUCCUAGUGCACCAGGCUCACCGGCUACCUCUAUUGUGGCAAGAAUGGACAAUCAGGUCAUUGGAUAUAAGGACUUGGCAGCCAUCCCCAAAGACAAAGGCAUACUCGAGGUGGAACGGCCAGAUCUUAUGGUGUACGAGCCACAUUUCAAUAUCUCGGCCCUAGAUCGGACCGGUCUCUCCAGAAGCAGAGAGAGAUCAAUGUCACCUCAUUCCAUCUCGCCCCCUUGUUCCCCUGAGAUAUUUGCCUCAAAAGAGCCAAAGGAGUGGCCCGAGCAGUGGUCUCCCGGAGGAUCCAAUAUGGGCUCCACAGUGCAGCUCCGCAAGAUCAGCCCCGCAUCCAAGGGUCCCCUGCAGCACUUCCACAGACCAGACAGUGGCACCAACAUCUAUAAGAAGCCUCCAAUUUACAAACAUGAAAGACAUACUGGAACAUCUAAUAAUAAACAGGAUAAUAUCAUUGAGUCCUCCAAGUUCCCAGCAGCCCAGCCACCUGAUCCCAACCAGCCUUCAAAGAUAGAGACAGAGUACUGGCCAUGUCCACCCUCUCUAGCUACAAUGGAGAUUGAGUGGAGGAAAAAGGCAGUCGAGCAGGGAAAACCAGUCGAGGAUGAUGAGUUUGAGGACCUGACUGAAGACGCAAAGAUAUUGCAAGAACAGGAACUUCAGAAGAUACAGUCUAACUUGGGCAAAUUAAUCCUGAAGGAGGAAAUAGAGAAAUCAGAGCUCAUUCGCAGAAAAACACGUUCCCUGCCAGAUGGGACAAAUAUAAACUUGGGAUCAUCAGCCAGUGGUCAUAAAUCCACCUCUCUACCUCCUUGCAGUCGAACAGGCCUCACAAGGCUGCAUUCAGCAGACUUUACCUCCACAGACAACGGAAAAGCAAAAACAGGUGUACAGAAUGGCGAUUCACACAGUGGGAGAAUGGACAGAGGAAACUCGCUUCCUAGUAUUCUGGAACAGAAGAUAUAUCCAUAUGAAAUGCUGGUUGUGACCCACAGAGGGCGCAGUAAACUUCCACCAGGUGUUGACAGGACAAGAUUAGAGAGACAUUUGUCUCCAGAAGUGUUCCAGAGCUUGUUUGGAAUGUCCAUCACAGAAUUUGAUCGUCUGUCACUAUGGAAACGUAAUGACCUGAAGAAGAAUGUGUCCCUUUUCUAAUAUUUGGACUUUCAAACUCUCUCCCUCAUGAGAGACCAAUAAAACCCACUCUAAUCUAAUACAGAUGCUAUGCAGACAUUUCAAGAUAAGCAAGCAAGAUGACGCCAUAUUAUCAGAUGAUAUUUCAUAUAUACAGCAGUCUGUGUACAUUAAAGACAAGCUCCAUAUCUGAAAAAGCAGAUUAUUAGUGAUGGAAUCAGCCUGAUCUCAUGAAAAUUCCGUGACUGAGGAAACAUAUUUGCAAAAUGAUAUUAUGUGGUUCAUUAUACGAAUUGAAUCAGUUUCAAUAUGAUGUCCACUGAGGGGCGCUAAAAUCGUCGUUUUACUUGAUUUAUGUGAAAAUGACUUGCAGCGCCUCUUGUGUUUAUUUCACCAGAAAACUGCUGUGAUACAUCUUAUCUACAUCUUAGGUCUCUAUUUCAAUUCUUAAAGUGCCCAGAUACAUUUAUUAUAUAGGCCUAUAUAUUUACACAAUGUUUAAAUCGUAAACCAUCCGUUUUCUUCAAUUGUGGUCACUGAUACUACACUUUUUAAAUUAGAAUGCGAUCAGACUUAAUGUAUUGUAUUCCAAACAUAUAUGGCGCUGUACAUAUUUCAUGUUUUUAUUUAUUGUUGGUGUUGAAAUGUAAAAGUCCAGCUUCAACAAUCGCUUGAUCAACAUUUCUGACACCUAUCAAAAAAGAAAAAUUCUUGAUCAAUCAUUAAUAUAAUGCAUUUAAUUUAUUCAGUUUGACCAUUAAAAUACACUACAAUGUAUGACUCCUAAUCAUGCAAAUAUAGCUACAGUGUAUAUAUAUUGUGGAAAUAUAUCUAAGCUCAGGCUUGGUGCUAAGCUCAGUCUUUUGGUCUUUGUACACUGUUGGCGCUAGAUAGGUUGUAACUUUUGAGUAAAUGACAUUUCCAAAACUACACUAGAAGACCUUUGCUCCACAUGAUGCCAUUAGAGAAUCCAUUUACUUGGUUUUGGAAGCUUGGUUUGGUCAGUUGUCUAUCCACUGCUACUCUAAUGUUAUAAUUUACAUCCACUGUCAGAUUUUUUACUGCCUUCAGUAGUUGCAAUGCCGUGUCCUGGAAUACUGCAUAUUAAAUCAUGCAUUGCACGCUUAGAAUGGAAAAUGUUUAACAGUUAUGUAUCUGUUUGUAGUCAUGAGUAUCACCAUUUUUAUGUAACAACAUUGUGCAAUGUUCACAAUAAAAGCAUCA